CAACCAUCUUACACCUUCUUCACUAAAAUCACCAUCUCAGAAUACAGCCACUUCUGCUUCUGCUUCUGCUUCUUCUGUGCUUCUGCAUCAUAUUGUUAUUUUUCUCUGCUAAAUAUGCUCACAUGCACACCAUAAUUAACUGAUCAGUGCAAUCACUUUGUAAGUUUUGCCUAAAAGCUAGCUAGACUCUAGAGAGCUUCCUUUCUCCUCAAUCUCAUCAUCCUUUCUUUUCAAACACAACACAAAAAUCUGCUACUGUAUUAGAUAGGGAGACAAAAAUGGGACACCACUCUUGCUGCAACAAGCAGAAGGUCAAAAGAGGGCUUUGGUCACCUGAAGAGGAUGAGAAACUCAUCAACUACAUCACAGCUUACGGACAUGGCUGCUGGAGUUCUGUCCCAAAACUUGCAGGCCUGCAAAGAUGUGGAAAGAGUUGCAGAUUAAGAUGGAUAAAUUAUCUGAGACCUGAUUUGAAACGUGGAAGCUUCUCUCCUCAAGAAGCAGCUCUCAUUAUUGAACUCCACANCAUUUUAGGGAACAGGUGGGCUCAGAUAGCCAAACACCUACCUGGAAGAACAGAUAAUGAGGUGAAAAACUUUUGGAAUUCAAGCAUAAAGAAGAAACUCCUUUCUCACGAUGCUAUUCCUCCUUUAGCCACAUUUUCUGAUUUUCAUCACAGCCCCAUCACCAUGGAAACUUUCUUCCCUUUUACUNCAAACCCUAAUCUCAUCUUAAACUUCCACCAUUUCUCAGACACACCAUCCCCAUUCCUACAAGCUUUUGAUCAUAACAAUGAUGUCAAGUUAGGUUUCAACACUUAUUACAAUGCCAAUUUCCUUCAUAUUCAGAAUCCACCAUUACCAGAAACAACACCACUACCAUCUUCCAAUCCAAAUGAACAAAAUCAAAUCACCAAAAGUUACACCACCUCAGACUAUCUUCUUGACAAAUUCAUCAACCCAAUAGCAUUGCAGCAACAUGAAUAUCACUUGGUAGAAGAACCCCUUGUGCCAAUACUCAGUGAGAACAUUGAGGAUAAUUAUGUUUGCAGCAGCAUACCAUUCUCAUCCACUCCCCAAGAACAACACGAGACUACAGCAAAAUUUCAGUGUUAUCCACAAGAUCUAGCUGUGGCAGUGAACCAAUUAGAGUACAUCGAUGCCUUCAUGUCAUUGUUGCCAUCUUCAACAACUUCAUUAUCAGUUUCAAGCACCCAAAAGCUCCCAAACCCUAUUAUUCCCUCAGGAUGGGAGCCUUGAACGUUGGUACUAUUUAUAGAUAUAAAUUUAAUUUUAUCUAUAUAUAGUACAUUUAAUUAAAUAAUUAGGGAAUCUCUUUGAUGAUCAAUGAACUGAUGCAUUAAUUAUUUGUUGAAGUUUUUCUCUUAUUGGUAAACCUGAACCUUGCUAGUUCAAGGGCACUUCCAUUGAUGAAUGCUUGCAGAAGUUCCAUAAAUGUGUGUAGGUUCUUUCACAUAUUUGUCACAAUACUUCCAUAUAUGAAGUGUUGAAGGCAGCUAGAGCUACAUAUAAUGCUUUAUUAAAAAAUGAAAAUGAAGAGCUAGUUCUGUACUUUUUAACUCA